ACUAUUAACGCCAACUAUUGAGCAGUGUUGGAGUUAAAAGUUUGAAUGUUGGAUUCUAUUUAGUUCUGAAUGUUGUAUUAUUAUUCUGUGGUAGUGCUAUUAUCUACACUCUACAUUCUGCAACAUUUCGUUCACAGACCAGUAAAUACAUUUCGUUAUUUCGUUACUCGCUGUCUUUGAGUAUUUAGUAAUGUUUACCAUUUAGAAUUUAUUAGUACAAUAAUAUUUAAAAAAAAACCGUGAAAUAAGUGCAUAAUGUCUUCCGAUGCACUAAACAUAUCAAGGCGGAAGCUCAACGAAGUUUUAGGCGACAAAUCAACAAAAUAUUUCAACCACAUGAAGCAAUGGUUUCGAAUGAAACUCACGAAGGAAGAAUUUGAUACUGAAGCUCGUGCUUUGCUGAGUCCCGACCAAGUUCGGUAUCAUAAUGAGUUUUUACUUGCAUUAUUGAACAAAGUCGAAGGAUUGGCCGAAACGUCAAUUACCAUUGCCCAUGAUAAGGCUAUUUCUCACAGUCGAAACAGUAGACGACAUAAAAGAAACUCUCGGACGUCCGAGAAAUCUAACUUUGAGCCAGCAGAUUUAUUGGAAUAUUUGCCGCCUCAUUCACCACCUGGUGCUGGCAGCGAUGGUGUCAAAUAUGCUGCACAAGAAAUCUUCCUCCCCGACCAUGCCUUGGUUGUAGGACGAUUCAUGCUUGCAGCAUGGGAGCUUGGACUAGAAGGAGCUGAAGAUGAUGCUGCAGACAUUAUAGUUGUUGCUGUACAAAACUUCCUCAAGAACAUUAUAGCUGCUGUUAUAUCACAGAGAAAAGGGUACAAGUUGAGGAAUAAGCGAUUUAUGUAUGACCUUGGUGGAGAUAUGCCAAACAUGUGGCUGAGAAACAGUAGUUUGCUCUAUGACCCACAGAGUGAGGGUAGGGUACACUCAGAUGACAGUGUUGAUGCCCUGGGUCCUCGAUGUCCACCGACUAUUGAUGAAGUUGAACAAUCUGCUGCAUUUGAAAUAGCAUGCAGUGGGCCAAUCACAGAACCAAAUGAUGAUAAAUUGACAAUCGAAGAGUUCUACAACACGUUGCUGACUCACAAGAAUGUGAUAGCUUGUCAUUCGGUGUAUGCAGUUAAUAUGGAAAGACUAGCUGUUAUGUUGAACCAUCCUAGCUAUUAGAUUGCAGAGUAAAAGGCUCUGGUCUGGAUAUUGAGAGCAGCGUCACUCUAAACUCAAAGGUCUUAACUCUAAAUUUUACAGAAGUCUGGCUGGAUAGGGGUUACUGUCAUCAUCAUCAUUGGGCCGGUACCCAAUACAGGGAAGGGUUUAGGCUGUAGUUUACAACGCUGGCCAAGCGUGAAUUGGUAGACUUGACACGCUGCUGAGAACAUUAUGGAGAACUCUCAGACAUGCAGGUUUCCACACGAUGUUUUCCUUUGCUAAAAUUGCUAAAAUUGAAACGCACAUAAAUCCGAAAAGUCAGUGGUGCGUCCCAGGGCUCGAACUUGGUCUCCUCGAAAAGAAAGCUGCAGCAUUACCCACUAGGCUAUCACCGUUUCGUACUACACGGGGUUACUAUGCUGUAUAACAGCAUUCUGAUUUAAAAAAAUUUAGUCCCACAAUAUUUUUUCUGGGAUCAUUUUGCAUCAGAGUAUCCGACCUCUACUUAUUAGUAACUUUGCUAUGAUAAUAUCCGUAGCCGUUUCCGAUUAUACAAAUUAAACAUUUUUUUUUUGUCUUGAAAGGGUUGGAUAAGAUUGAAUGUUAUUUUUAACAGGUAUCAAAAAACUACUAAAGUCUGAUGUAUCUAUUUCUAAAGUAUUGUAUGCCGUUUAGAUACCAUCCAAUAUAAUAUCAAGUCUUUAAUAAUGUUUUAUGUCAUAUUUCAUUUGUUUUAUAGUUAUCCAUAAAUUAUGUACUUCCAUUAGGUUCCGUACUAACAAUAUGUAAAAAAAUAACUCUUUAUUAUGAGGUAUUUCCACACCGCCAUUUUGUUUUCUUUUUCCAUUAUAGUUUCCACGCUCGCGUAUAAAACAUGUAUGAAUAGAGGCAAAAUCUCAUAGUCAGGUUUUCGAAAUAUGAUCUUUUAAAGUUGUACCAGUAGGUAGUAAAACAUAAAUAAAUUAUAUUAAGGUUACCAUAAAGCUUCGAAGAUUUUUUUUCUUAUAUUACUUAUUAGGAUUGAUGUUUGGUUCAAUACAGAUUAAUGCGUGACCGAUAAUGGAAAGAAAAGCUAUACUAAAAUAUUCAUUUCCUAUCAAUUUUGAAAAUGUUUAAGAAAACUUGAAUCGUUUGUUGAACUGGACUUGUAUCUUAAGUGUACGAUAUUAUAUUUUAAAUAACUAAGUUAGAAUGAAACUUCUAUUAAAUUUGAUUUAUUCGUUUAUUUUUUUCCUAUGAAACAAAAAUAGAAUAGAACUAUAUAACAAAAAUUACAGUCUUCUAUACUCAUUAUAAUCUUAAAGUAAGGAACAUUGAUAUUUUCUAUGAAUCGUAUAUUUGUGUGGCAGUCAUAUUAAAUAAUUAAUUUAUUAUAAAGCUAUUUAGACGUCGUCGUUGAAACACGAGCAUCAAGCUCUUGAUUAAAUUGGGAACAGUAGCCUACACGAUUGGUUCGAUCGCAAUCAAGGAGUAUCAAAAUAUUUGAACAUCAGAAUAAAAUGGAUCUUAUUUGUACCGGUGUUAAAGCUCAAAUUUGCAUACAAGUCUUUAGCUUGGGCUUUUGACAAC